ACCGCCCCUGAAGAGGGAGGGGAAGGCAGCGCUGCCAGGCGGGGCUGGCAGCAAGAUGGCGCCGGCGGUGCGGGGUCUGAAAAGCUUCGUGUGGCAGAAGCUGAAAUCAGCAGUGUUUGAUGACUUUAGCAAAGAGGAAGAAUGGAAGAUAAUGCUUUUAGAUGAUUACACUACUAAAUUACUGUCACUGUGCUGCAAAAUGACUGAUCUACUGGCAGAGGGUAUCACAGUGGUGGAGAAUGUAUAUAAAGACCGUGAGCCUGUCCCACACAUGAAGGCAAUAUAUUUAAUAACUCCCACCAAAAAGUCUGUAGAUGGACUGAUUGAUGACUUCAUCACUAAAUCAUCCAGCAGAUACAAAGCAGCAUACGUGUAUUUCACUGACUUUUGUCCUGACAGCCUCUUCAAUAAAAUUAAGGCUUCAUGUGCAAAAUCCAUAAAAAAAUGCAAGGAGAUCAACAUUUCUUUCUUCCCUUAUGAAUCUCAGGUAUUUACUCUCAACAUCCCAGAUGCAUUCUACCGCUGCUACAGUCCCACUCUGGAAAAGACAAAGGAUAAAGAUGCUGUACUGCAAGUCAUGGCUGAACAAAUUGUUACCUUAUGUGCCACGCUAGAUGAGAAUCCAGGAGUACGAUAUAAAAGUGGACCAUCUGAUAGAGCCAGCAAACUUGCACAACUUGUUGAAAAAACUCUUGAAGACUACUACAAAACAGAUGAGAAAAGCCAAAUAAAGGCUAAAACCCAUUCCCAACUAAUAAUAAUUGAUCGUGGCUUUGACCCAGUAUCAACUGUGCUCCACGAGCUCACCUUCCAGGCAAUGGCAUAUGAUCUGCUACCCAUUGAAAAUGAUACUUACAAAUACAAAACAGAAGGCUCUGGUGGGAAGGAAAAGGAGGCAAUUUUGGAGGAAGAUGAUGACCUGUGGGUGAAGAUGCGGCACAAGCAUAUCGCAGAUGUGAUAGAGGAAAUACCCAAACUUUUGAAAGAUGCUUCAUCAAAAACAAAAGCAGCAGAAGGAAAAUUAUCCAUAUCUGCUCUGUCCCAGUUGAUGAAGAAGAUGCCACUCUAUCGUAAGGAGAUUAGUAAGCAAGUUGUUCAUCUUAACAUUGCAGAAGAUUGCAUGAGCAAGUUCAAAUCUAACAUAGAAAGGCUCUGUAAAACCGAACAGGAUUUGGCUCUUGGAACUGAUGCUGAAGGUCAAAAAGUAAAAGACUCUAUGAGGGUCCUCCUUCCAGUUCUGCUCAACAAAAGUCAUGAUAGCUAUGACAAAAUCAGAGCUAUUCUCCUGUAUAUCUUCAGCACAAAUGGAACUACCCAGGAGAACUUGGACAAGCUGAUCCAGAAUGUACAAAUAGAAAGUGAUAGUGAUAUGAUAAGAAAUUGGAAAUACCUUGAUGUUCCUGUUAUCUCUUCAUUUGUUGCUCAGCAACAUAAAUACACAAGAAGGGACCGUUCUAAAGAAGAAACCUUUCAGCUUUCUAGGUGGACUCCUGUUAUCAAAGAUGUUAUGGAGGAUGCUAUAGAAAACAAAUUAGAUUCAAAAGACUGGCCUUAUUGUUCCCGGUGUCCUCCCACCUGGAAUGGUUCAGGAGCAGUAAGUGCACGCCAGAAGCCUAGAGCGAGUUACAGAGAGGAGCGAAGGAGCGGUGCAAGGCUGAUUGUGUUUGUGAUUGGAGGAGUCACGUACUCGGAGAUGCGCAGCGCUUAUGAAGUUUCUGAGGCCUACAAGUCCUGUGAAGUUGUUAUUGUUUCCUAACAAACUUUUGCAUCUGCCUCUGCUUUAUCUCCAGUGGCACUUGCUACUCUAAUUGCUUUUGGAAGUAGGAAAGCUGACAGACUAGUGCAAAACCGCUCACUUUGGAAGGAAGAUAAGUAUUAAAAAACCGCAACAAUCCUAAUCAAAAUCCUACCCAAAAAACUAAACAAAUAAACCCCAAACCACUUUUUCAGUGUAGUUUGGUUGACUUUGCAACCUUUUCUAGUUUCUGUUGUGGCUACUUGAGAGGCAUAAACCGCACAAUGAUUAACUACUUGGGUCCUGAAAACUCCCCUGCUUAAGAUUUGGCAAUUGGCAGCUGGUGUAGUAAUCUUUCAGCACUUUGGACUUAGCAAAUGCUUGUUCCAUCAGCUGCUGUGCUUCAAAUGAAUUUUAAAUAGCAUUACAGGAAAUAACUAGGUGGUAAAGCAUAUAUAUAUAUAUAAAUAUACAAGGAACAGAGCUCCUGCAUACAGAACCUUACCACAGACCUGUGUUCAUCUGCAUGGCCAGAUGAUAGCUGGGUUAUCUAAAGCAUUCUAAAUUGCUUGAGAAGUCUAUAUUUGGCAUUUUAAUUUAGUCUUGAGAUUCAGAUUGAAUCUGUCUACCAUCUGUGAUGAUUUAAAAUAAAUACUCUUCCCUAAAACAAUUCUAACCUUGAUUCUGAGAUCUAGAGUCUGUUAGCUCAAAAUAUUCAUUUACAAUACAUUUACAAUUCAUAUACAAAAUAUUGUAGGUGUGUUUAUGUGUGGUUGGUUUUGUUUUGGUUUAUUUUUUUAUUUGCUGGUUUCAUUGGUGGUGGUUGAGGUAGGUUUAAUGCUGGUUCUAGUUCGGAGUGGUAAUAGAAAGAGCAGGACAACAGGAAUGUAGUUUAACCGGAGUAUUUCUUCAUCUGAAAGUUGUUUACAAUACCAUGUUUAGUGUAGAUGUAGCUGUUGUUUACUGGUGUAUCUGGCACUCAGCACAGCACCAUCUUCCCUUUUGUUUACAGAUGAUUCUUGUAAUUUUUGUUUGUAAUCCUGAUUUCUGAGGGAAGGUGAUAGUUGCAAAAUUUCCACACGGAUUACCGAAAGAUUGACAUUUGGCUGUGUUCCUGAUUCAGAACUCCAAGAAUAGUAGCCCAUUCAGAGUGACACUACUUGUUGCCUUCAGAACUGCAGGGUGACCCUUCAUGGCAGAAGUUAUAAUCACUCUGUGAGAAAAAGAGAGGUAGUUGUGCAUUGAAGAAUAAUAAGGAUUUUCUUUGCUGCUCAAGACUUGAAUUUUGUUUUUUCAGGGAAAUGCUAGUCAGUAAAAGCCAAUUUUCUGUAACGUAUUUCUGUGGGACACUACUGUUUGUGGUAAUCUUGAAUCCAGAGAGUUUCUUGAUUCUAGGGUAAAGCCUCUCAUUAACUCACUCUUUCACAGAAUGGGAGGUUUCUUGCAGGCUGGGACAAUUGUCCAGAUUCAGUCCUGUCUUUCAAACAGGGCAGAGCAGGACUUGAAAUUUGUGUUCAAAGUGAGAGUCCUGAUCUGGAUGUCUGAGUGUGGGAAGAGGGACAUUGCCUACCUAAUGGUGACACUUACAUGAUGGUGCUUUAUAUGAAAACACUGUGAAGUGCUGUGCUUCUCCAUUGUCUGGGUGCAGUAAAAAACACUGGCAUGUAACUGAUGUUUUAAAGAGGAAGUGUCUGAAAGUCAGAAUUUGGCUGAUACAGUUCAUAUUUAUGUUCUUU